UCCAUUUCCCCGCCCCUCACGUGGCUCCUCCCUCUCACCCCAGGCCGGCCGGCCUGAGCCGGCCUGGCUGUACACGUGCGCGCACCCGUGCCCGCCUUCCUAGCCACGUGACUCCCGGCUCGGCGCUUGCUUCACUACAGCCUUCCUAGCUCUUACUGCCAGAAUCCGGCGUUAUGGCUGCCGCUGUUCCCCGGGCCGCUUCUCUCUCCCAAUUGUUUCCCCUUCUCCUGUUCCUCCUGCUCCUCUCUACUCCGCAAGGCGGCAGCGGCCUGCACACCAAGGGCGCCCUUCCCCUGGAUACAAUCACUUUCUACAAGGUCAUUCCCAAAUGCAAGUUCGUCUUGGUGAAGUUUGACACCCAGUACCCCUACGGUGAGAAGCAGGAUGAGUUCAAGCGUCUGGCUGAAAACUCGGCUUCCAGCGAUGAUCUUUUGGUGGCAGAGGUGGGGAUCUCAGAUUAUGGUGACAAGCUGAAUAUGGAGCUGAGUGAGAAAUACAAGUUGGACAAGGAGAACUACCCAGUCUUCUACCUCUUCCGGGAUGGGGACUUUGAGAACCCAGUCCUAUAUAGUGGGGCAGUUAAGGUUGGAGCCAUCCAGCGCUGGCUAAAGGGACAUGGGGUUUACCUAGGUAUGCCUGGUUGCCUGCCUGCGUAUGACACCCUUGCUGGAGAGUUCAUCAGGGCCUCUGGUAUGGAGGCCCGCCAGGCCCUCUUGAAGCAGGGGCAGGACAACCUUGCAAGUGUGAAGGAGGCUGAGAAGAAGUGGGCCGAGCAAUACCUUAAGAUCAUGGGAAAAAUCUUAGACCAAGGUGAGGACUUCCCAGCCUCAGAGAUGACCCGGAUCACCAAGCUGAUUGAGAAGAACAAGAUGAGCGAUGGGAAGAAGGAAGAGCUCCAGAAGAGCCUAAACAUUUUGACUGCCUUCCAGAAGAAGGGGGCUGAGAAGCAGGAGCUGUGAAAGGCACUCCAGGGUUUUCAAGGGUUUGGUUGGGUGGGGAGGGGUAAGCUACCUGCUGGCUGUGAGACCCUCCUGGGAUAUAAGGGAGCCGUAGGAAAAGUGGCACUAAACCAGAAAUCUGAGUAUUCCCAGAUAUUGAUGCUGGUGUAACUAUGCUUGGAACAUCUCUGUAACCAGUCCGGUAUAGCUGGAACAUUUACUCAGAUGGCUUGUGAAAUUCCCCCUCAGAAGGAAUUGGUGCUAUAAAGAAGAGUGUACUGCCCAGGUUUUUGACAGAUAUAAUUGAUUCAAUUAAAGUUUCUGUGUUUUGGUUAAAUGGA